AUGAGGAUCCGGCAACACAGCUUCACCCACCCGACAAUCUCAGCUCAAGAUAAACUCGCUGAUCGUACCACCAUGCCUGAGACGUCAAUCCCUCCUCCCGCGGCCGUUGCGCGCCCCAGCAAGCCUGUUUCCGAGAGUCUUCUGAACGAGAAGUGGGAUCGCUGUCUCUCCUCCCUCCUCAUCCGCUCGUCCCUUGGUCUCUCCUUCGGAGUCGUCUUUUCCGUCCUCCUGUUCAAGCGGAGAGUGUGGCCCGCGUUCGUCGGUCUGGGUUUCGGUGCUGGGCGCGCGUACGAGGAGUGUAAUGGAAGCUUUUUAAGGGGUGGGAAGGAGGGCGUCAGGGUUCAGCGACCUUGA